CUGAACCAACCAACAACUUUUCGCUCCACAGUCUUUACUCUCUUCUUCUUCUUCUUCUUCUUCUUCUUCUUCUUCUUCUUCUUCUUCUUAACUUCCUCUGUUCCUCAAUCUCCCGAUUCCCAAUUCCCCUUUCUAAUCCGAUCUCAAAUCAGCCCCUCAUUGCAAUGCAGAACGGCGCCCACCCUCCCCCAAAACCCGCCGUCAAUGGCUCCGCCGCCCCACCUACCGCCAACGGCACCGCACCGGCUUCCGGUGGGAAACCACAGUUCCGUCAACAGCCCUACCGUCCCCCUCCAUACCGACACCACAGCAAUCACCACCGGAGCCGUCGCAAUCUCUGCUGCUGCUUCUGCUUUUGGACCAUCAUCAUUGUCCUAGGGCUCGCCCUUUUAGCCGCCAUUGCCGGCGCUGCCCUCUACGUCCUGUACCGCCCUCACCGCCCCCAAUUCACAAUCUCCUCCCUCCGAAUUUCAAAGCUCAAUCUCACCACCGCCGCCGAUUCUUCCGCCUCUCACGUCUCAUCCCUCUUCAAUCUCACCCUCUCAUCCUUCAACCCUAAUUCCCAUAUCACCUUCGCCUACGACCCCUUCACUCUCUCCUGCUUCUCCAAUUCCGUCCUCCUCGCCAAUGGCUCGAUCCCGGCUUUCACCAGCGCCACCAAGAACCAAACAGUAUUCCGAUCCUUAAUGUCCGGCGCCGAAGAUCUGGACGCAGAUUCCUUUACGAGCCUCAGAUCGGAUCUGAAGAAGAAAGGAGGCGCCCCUCUGACGAUCGAGAUGGAUACGAAAGUGAAGGUGAAAAUCGGAGGAGUGAACAGCAAAAAGGUCGGAAUCAGAGUGACAUGUGAAGGAAUUAAAGGAACACCGCCAAAGGGUAAACAGCCGACGGUAGCCUCUGUCUCCGACGCCGAUUGCAAGGUUGAUCUCCGAAUCAAGAUCUGGAUAUUCACUCUCUAAUUAGUCGGUAACAAAUAUUAUAUAAUAUUUUUUUCCCUCUGUGUCUGUUUUUAUUUUGUACUUUUUUUUUUUCCGGAAAUUUUGGGAGAGAGAAAAAAAAAGAAAAAGUUAAGAAAUUGAGGUUGUAAGGAAUGAGUGAUUGAGGGGUUGGAGGGAAUAAUUUGGGUUAAAAAGUUACCUUCCUUUUUUCACUCUAAUUGCAGUAAUUUUCUUUUAACCUUCCAGUUAAUACGAUGAAUGGGUUGUUAAA